AUGCUGGACGAACAUGAAGGUAGAGAAGCAGCGUUCGGCUACGACCUGAAAAACUUCUGUGCCACGGAGGCGCCGGAUGAGGCACCUCACAGCAGCGAUGACAGCGCCACUGUGGAAAGCACGGAGGAGACCACGCCAGCUGGUAGCGGGUACUUUGCAUGCUUCCGUCGCCCCUUUCACCGUCGUCGCUCAGUCGCCAAAACCGCCGCGCCAGCGGUGGCGACCCAAUCUACCGACACCACCGCACAACAGCUCUCAACGCCAACGACGAACUACGGGGAGCUGGGGUGCAAGCUGCUCCUGUGGGAACGCGAGCUCCGCCACCAGCUCGUGCGCCAUGAGCAGGAAGAGCUGACACAGAUGGUGUGGAGUGUGAAAAAGAUGUUGUUGCCCGUCAUGGAGGCCCUCCGCUACGUGAACACCCUUAGCGUGGCGCAAGAGGAGGUGGUGUGGCGUUGGAGCAUACGAAACGACUACUACCAUUUUCUGCUCGGCGUGACGCAGUUGCAGGAGGUGCUGCACCGCCGAUCUCUGUCCUUCGCCGAGGAGCCCCGGGACCGCAAGGAGAUUGAAAACGUCGAGGUGCCACACUGGAUUGCGGCGUGGCGGCUGCAGGUGACGCGUGAGACACAGGAAUCCGCGGCGGCGAAGGAGGAGGAGCGAGAGAGGCGCCUUGCACACUUUUCGUUCAUCCAACAGCAGCUCUACCAAAUCUUCUUACUGGGGGAGGAAGAGCAGGCGGACCGGAUGGAUGUGGAGAGGCUGCAGCGGCUGUAUGCCGGCAGUAUUUUAGAGGCGAUGGCGAAGGUGUACCGCCACGUGCGUCUCUGUCAGCUGAGGUACGAGGCAAUGGGCCUCGAGCUGCAGCCCGAGGUCACGCGUGACCUUGUCGCUGACGAGGCUCUGCAUCGCGCAUUGCUGCGCCAGGACCAGGCGCUGGGCUUCAAGAAGAUGCAGGCGGAUGAAAUCCGAAACUACCUCGCCUCCAGCCGGCAAGAGCUCCUCAAUAGGCGCGUGGAGGAAGGCUGA